CCCGCCCCUGUCCUCGGGGAUGCCGGGAUGUUUACACUCCUGACAGCGGCGGCCGCGGAGGAGGAGCGGCGGGCGCGGGAGGAUGGGCCGCCGCUGAGCUCGCAGUUCGGCCGCGCGUCGCCGAGCGCAGGGUGGGUGCCCACGCCUGCAGCGACCGCGGGGGCUGCGCGGCGGGAGGUGGCGAUCGGCGGCUCCGGGCCUCGCAGCCUCAGCCCCCUUCUCUGCCCCCUUCUCAGCGGGCCUUUCGGCGGCGCCGCCCGCCUGCCCCAGCUCCCUCGCGGGCUGGAGCACCGACAGCUCCCGACUGCCGAAGUCCUACAUUUCCUGUUGCUUCAGACAAUGGAUGAACAAUCACAAGGAAUGCAAGGGCCACCUGUCCCUCAAUUCCAGCCACAGAAGGCCUUACGACCGGAUAUGGGCUAUAAUACAUUGGCCAACUUUCGAAUAGAAAAGAAAAUUGGUCGUGGGCAAUUCAGCGAAGUAUAUAGAGCAGCCUGUCUCUUGAAUGGAGUAUCAGUCGCUUUAAAAAAAGUGCAGAUAUUUGAUUUAAUGGAUGCCAAGGCACGUGCUGAUUGCAUCAAGGAAAUAGAUCUUCUGAAGCAACUCAAUCAUCCAAAUGUAAUUAAAUAUUAUGCAUCAUUCAUUGAAGACAAUGAACUAAAUAUAGUUUUGGAAUUAGCUGAUGCUGGUGACCUAUCUAGAAUGAUAAAGCAUUUUAAGAAACAGAAGAGGCUAAUUCCUGAAAGAACUGUUUGGAAGUACUUUGUCCAACUUUGCAGUGCAUUGGACCAUAUGCAUUCUCGACGAGUCAUGCAUCGAGAUAUAAAACCAGCAAAUGUGUUCAUCACCGCCACUGGUGUGGUGAAACUUGGAGAUCUUGGGCUUGGUCGGUUUUUCAGUUCCAAAACCACUGCUGCACAUUCUUUAGUGGGUACACCUUAUUACAUGUCUCCAGAGAGAAUACAUGAAAAUGGAUACAACUUCAAAUCUGACAUCUGGUCUCUCGGCUGUCUACUGUAUGAAAUGGCAGCAUUACAGAGUCCUUUCUACGGUGACAAAAUGAAUUUAUACUCACUGUGUAAGAAGAUAGAACAGUGUGACUACCCACCUCUCCCUUCAGAUCACUAUUCAGAGGAACUCCGACAACUGGUGAACGUGUGCAUCAACCCAGAUCCUGAGAAGCGACCAGACAUUGCCUACGUUUACGACAUGGCAAAGAGAAUGCACUCGUGCACUGCAAGCAGCUAAACACGUGGAAGAUAGUGAAGAAGAGAACCAAAAUAACUUCAAAGUAUUUGUGCAGAUCAUACCUCCCUAUUGUUUGUCUGGGUAUUAAGAUUCAUACUUUAGAGCUAAUGUACUUUGAAUCCUUAACCAGUUUUCAUAUAAGUUCCAUUUUGUACCGUCCAAGUUCCCUUACCAACCCCAGAUGACUUUGAAAUAAGCAGAUUGCAUGUUAGGAAAAUAAGUGAAGCAUGCUGGCUUGUCAUGGCUAAAGGCUUUGGAGGUUACUUGACAUCCUCUACUGGUAAAUUGUGUUCAGAUAGAUGCUCAGUGCCAAAAUAUUGUAGGUGCACCCCAGCACACAUCAAGAUCAACUCAAAACCAGAGGAAAAAAGUAUCUGGACACUUGACUUGUUUGCUUUGUAGUCACUUGUGGACAUUUGAGUUGAAGACAAUUUGUGAAUUUUUUUGUGAUUACUUUUAGAAGUUUGAAGUAUGUACUUUAGGUUUUUUUUUUUUUUUUUUUUUUUUAGCAGUGUAACUUUCAAAUAUAAUUCUUAGGUUAAGCAUAGGCAGACUAUCUGAGCGACAGUUAAAGUUCUUAGCUUAUACAUUCAGAAUGCAACUAUUAAAUGUGAAAAGAUUUGGGGACAAAGUAUGAGUCAGACACUGAAGAGGUUUAUUUUUUAUUUCUUGCUUCGUUUUGUUAUGAAUGUGUGUGAGAUUCUUUUUCAUUAAAAUGGUAUAAAUGAACCCAUUUAAAAAGUGGUUAAGGAUUUGUUUGACCGGUGUGAUAGCAUUUUUGAAGCUUGCACAUUGCCCAAGGCUGUGUGUGUGUGUGUGUGUGUGUUUGUGUGUGUGUGUGUGUGUGUGUGUAUGUGCUUUUAUUAUUGUUUGUACAUUGGAAAAAUAGUCUUUGCAUAAUCUUGCAGUACUAUGCUUCAAUUUCCUUAAAAAUCUAGAUGCAGUACUCAUAAUUGUACACUAUAAUAUAUGCAUAUGUUUUUAUUCAUAGAUUUUAUUGAAGUUCUGUUAUUGGUUCCCUUCAGAAAUUUUUUUAUGUUCUUUAAUUUGCUUUUCUAUUUAUAUUGUAUGUUCUCUUUAUCCAUUAAUGUUUCCAAUUUACUGAAAACAUAAUACCAUUUUAAAAACAUUUGGCAUACUGAUAUUUUUUUCCUGACUCUGAAAGAGAUUUUUUAAGCUCUUAACAAUUUCCCCCUCCCCCUUCAUAUGCCUAUAUUCUGUCUUGUUUGAGAGAAAGAAUGUGUGUUUCAUUGUACCUGUGAAUGUUGAGACGGUUUCAAUUUAUUUGACAAGGUUGUGAUUUUACAAGUUUAAAGACAUGAGGACUGGCCACUACAAAGCCAGAAUUUCUAUGAACCUUCGUGUUGAGAAGCUUCUAAGCAAAGUACUACAUUCAUGAAUGAAGUCGACAGUGACAGGAAUGCUUCGUCUAGUUUAAGGAAAUGGGCAGAGUUUCCUUAGAACUGUUGUGGAGAUGGGCGUUUUCCUGAAUGCUUUCAUGUGAGGGAUGACCAGUUCCUCACAGAAUUGUGAAGCCAAGAGGCCCAGUGGCAGUCAUCACUAAAGGACUCUGUGCCACCAUCCACCCGUGAAAAGCCUCAUGUUCAGCGAAUACCUACCUUUAGCCAAUAUAACUGCUGGCUCUUAUUUUUUUUUCCUUGCAAUCAUUUGAAUACUUCAAGUCAUUUGUAAACUCUGAAAACAUAUAAAGGGCAAUAUAUAUAUAUACUCUUCAUGAGAAUUUAGUUCGUUUUGGAAUCUUCAUCUGUUUGUGGUUUCUGAAGGAAAAUUCUGUCUUGGGAUAGACAAAGGAAAAACAUGGUUGGUCUUCCACGGUCUUACAGUUGCAUUGUAUUUCCCAGAUUCUAGUGAUUUAAAGACAAUUACACUGAACACCCACAGACUUAUCAGAAAUAUAAGAAGAAUGAUAUCAGUUGACCAUUAGUGUCACCUUAAUUUUAAUGCAAUACUGAUUAAGAUGAGGAAAUGUUCUGUGGUUGAAACAGAUCAUUUUUUUUUAAGCUCUCAAAAUAUAUUGGCUCUACAACUCAUUUUGUUUUGUCCCUCACAGUGAUUUUCUUUUAAGAAAAGAUUUAAACUUUUCAGUGUAUUUAUCUGCUAGAAGGAAGAAUGUAAUGAUCAAGGAAAUGCAUUAUCUUCUAUAUCUAGAAGCCUUUUUUUUCUUCCAGAUAUUGUAUCAUUUUUUAAAUCUGAGUGCACAUAUUUUUUGAAGAAAACCACUGUUAUUUUUUAAAAAUUUUUGAGUGGGAUCAUUUCAGAGAAUUAUGAAGAUGACUAGAAGUUUUGAUUUUUUUUGUAAUCCUAAAAUUGUCUCUUUAUAUUUCUGUUUGACAAAUAAAUUUUUUGUUGAUUAAGUAAACACUUCAAGCUGAACUGAGAAACAGUAAAGUGAAAGGUACAUGUGAUUCUAAACCUUAUUUAUACUUUAGUACCCCUGGGAGGAGAUGUGGGGUAAGUUUAUUUCGUAUGCUGAGGUUUAGGAAUGGUGAAUGAAGGGUAUCUCAUAGAAAUAAAGUGCUCAACAAUGUGCAAUGAUUGUAAAUGUAGUAAGAUAUUGCAGCCAUUUCAUGAAUGCUUCCCCAUUCUGCAUACCAUCUAUUACAAAGCACCUUUCUUGUAUACCUACACUUCAGGUGUUGCAAUUAACAUUGACAUAUUUAUUUUAGCCCAAAUGUUACUCCUAGUAAAUGCAUUUUCUUUGAAAUGAAUGUAUUAUGUUCAUAACCCACAAAUGCCUAAUUCUCCUAUGCCUUAUAUUUCAAUAGUACUGUAAUAUGAACUUCUUUUGUGAAAUACUUUUAUUUUGUUAUGCUUCAAAUACACAUACUAGAAGAUUCUGUUAUUAGCUUUGAAAAUUGUAUAGUACAACUAAAUAAAAAUAUAAAAUUUAAAAUGAGUAUAAUAAAAUGUUUAUGGAUCUCUG